AUGGAAAAACAUCUUGUAAUGUAUUUAACUAUGAAAUCGAUUAUGCUCCUGCGGAAGUAUCUACUCGUAACGGAAUUUCAUGUGUCCAAGUGCGGAUCUCAUAUAGUCAAAAUAAGAAGGGACGUGCUAUAUCCGAAAUGUACGAAAUAUAGUAAAUAUUUUAAAUGCAGACGUAGUAGGGGUCACGAACCAGAUGGUACACAACUUGGUUUUGGAAGAUAUGGCACCAAAAGUUGUAGAGAUGGUCGUCUUUCAUAUCGGGCCAUUGAAGCAGCGCAUUGGGCUACAAUCGGACAAUUCCAUCGUGCUAUGAGCGGACAAUUCCGAAGAAAUUGUAAGAUAUGGGUAAGAGUUCUCGCAGAUCUUCCUAUUACGGGGAAACCCGCAGAAGUUCGAAUGGGAAGAGGAAAAGGAAAUCCGACGGGUUGGAUUGCUCAUGUGUCCACAGGACAAAUCCCAUUUGAAAUGGAUGGUGUGAGUUUUUCAAAUGCUUGA